AUGGCUGUGGCGUCGCAACUGAGAAGAUUUCUGCCCGUCACAGGUUUGAGUUGCAACGGUACAUGGGAUGGUAUCACGUGUUGGCCGGCCGCUCCCGCCGGGACGCUAGUGAGCAUGCCCUGUCCCGCACAGCUUCGCGGGAUACAAUACGACACGACAGAAAAUGCUACAAAGCUUUGCUACAAGAACGGAACUUGGGCUAGGAAGGCGAACUACAUAGACAACUGCCACCCUAUCAGUGCAAGCACUAAGCCAGAGAACGCAGAAAUGGAGCGUCAUCUUGAGAACGCCAAACAGCUGAACAAUGUUGGCCACGCUAUUUCCCUGGUCUGCCUCGUCAUCGCCUUCGGCCUGUUUGCUUACCUAAAGAGCAUCCGCUGUACGAGGAACAACAUCCACUGGAAUCUGGUGGCAACGUUCAUCCUGCGGAACACCAGCUGGUUCAUUAUACAGGAGGUGGUGGACGUGCAGACUGUGCUGGACAACAGCUGGUACUGCCGCGUGGCCGUCACCCUCUUCAACUACUUCCAAGUCACCAACUUCUUCUGGAUGUUCGUCGAGGGGCUCUAUCUGCACAUCAUGAUUGCGCAUGCGUUCGGGACCGAGCGGAUCAAGUUCUGGGUCUACGCUAUGAUUGGCUGGUGUGUUCCAGUUCCAAUCAUUGUUCCCUGGAUGAUGGUGAAAAUCUUCCUGAAGAACGAAAGAUGCUGGAUCGACACCUCCGGAGGGGUGGACCAAUAUGACUUCAUCUACCACGGACCGAUUAUUCUCGUGCUGUUGGUGAACUUUGUCAUCCUUGGGAACAUUGUGAGAAUUUUGAUCCUGAAGCUACGUGCCAGUCCGAACAACCUGGAUACAACUCACUACAGUGAGUACUCGGCAGACGGCGUCGGCAAAUCUCACAGGACGUCACGUGUUUCCUUUAGGUUACCGUCAAGCAUCAAGGCAGUGAAGGCCACUGUAGUGCUGCUGCCCUUGCUGGGAAUCACGUACAUCCUGUUCUUUGUCCACGUUCCCAGCGGCAAGGGAACAUCAAAACUCUUCUUCAUCUACUUCAACUCCUUCCUGCAGUCCUUUCAGGGGUGUUUCGUGUCUAUCAUCUAUUGCUUCACAAACACUGAGGUACAGACGACGAUCAAGCGCCAUGUUGACAUCUGGCGGGACCAGCACUGGUGCACGAUCAACACGCCUCCGUCCAAACACCUGCAGAUGACGGCCAUCACGGCAGCACCCAGCAACGGCGACAGGAGCGAGAACAUGCGGGACGUGUGUGCGUACGACAAGAACGUCAUCGUACACACAGCAUAGGCCGGGCUAAUAACGCUGCUUCACUUUUUAUCAGCGGGGUAACCUAUAUCCGUUGUUUUGAAGAAAAAUCUAUUUAAGGAUAAUAAGCCUACGGGCAGUGCCAGUGGCCUCAAAUUGCAGUAUUUUCAAUGUAUGAAAAGUAUCAAAAUAUUGCACUUUGAAACGACCAAACGACCAUCCUCCCACUUGAUAUCCAAAAUUACCUUUUCUUAAAUCUAUUUAGGGAUAGUAAGCCAACGGGAAGUGGCUUGAAAUGACGAGUAUGGAAAGUAUCAAAAUAUUGCACUUUGAAACGGCCAUCCGCCCACUUGAUAUCCAAGAUACCAUUUUUAAAUCUAUUUAUGAAUAUUAAGCCGAUGGGCAGUGGCUAAAAAUUGCACUUAUUUCAAUGUAUGAAAAGUAUAAAAAUAUUGCACUUUGAAACGGCCAUCCGCCCACUUGAUAUCCAAGAUACUAUUUUUAAAUCUAUUUAGGGAUAUCAAACCGAUGGGCAGUGGCUAAAAAUUGCAAUAAUUUCAAUGCAUGAAAAGAAUUGAAAUAUUGCACUUUGAUACGGCCAUCCGCCCACUUGAUAUCUGCUUUUUUUUUUAAACAGCGCAUAUAGGUUACCAUCGGCUUCCCCGCAGGAAAGGGUAAACUAGAUAGAGUUAUGAAUAAUUUUACAUAGUUGUGAAACAACAAGAAAAGUAUAUUUUACUGAUAGCCUUUGACGUGUUGGAGAAGUCACGAAGAUAAGACUAUUUUAGCGUAAUGUUGAGAGAUCAACCCUGUUGCAGGUACAACCUGAGUGUUUCAUGCCCAACCGCUAUAAUAGAGCGGAUGAAUAAAUGAAUCCUUGAAUGACUGGACGAAUGAAUGACUGAAUGAAUGAAUGAAUGAGUUGAUGGAUGAAUGGUUGGAUGAAUGAAUAAGUGAAUAGUGUAAUGAAUGAAUGAAUGAAUGAAUGAAUGAAAAUCUAGUUUGUAUAUGUCAUUAGUGAAGUCAAGCUGUAUGCCUGAUGUCGUUGUCAAACAACAAGUAAAAAGUUAACAUCAACGAAGACAAGAUUUCUUCACUCCGUUGGCUUAUUAUGAUGCUUGGUUGAAAAAGAAAACAGAAGUUUUCUGUGUUUAUGCAACUAAAAUAACGUCUACUCCCUUAAAACCCGUGCUAACCAUAGUAGCAACAAAUUUUAAGAACAAUAGUGAAGAUCUACUCAA